AUGUUUAGAAUCUCUCCUCCUGUACUUUGCCCCUUUUUCCCCACCGUCUUCUUCGUUGUUUUUUUUCUGAGUCAUCAUCGUAAGUUGCGUGUGAACAGCGUGCAGACCGCUCAGCGAGAAUGGCAACGGGAUCCAGAGCCGAAACUGCGCGAGGCGCUGAGGACCGCCGCGGAACGCGCGAUCGCGGAGCAACCGGAGAACGAGGAAUUGAAAUACAUCCUGAGGAGUACGGCGGAACGGCAGCUGGAAUACGGCCUAAAUCUAGACCAGCAGGGCUUGGGAAUAAUGGCCGUGAUACGCGAGUGGACGAGCGACGAUGCGCCGAGGUGCACCGCCGGCACCGAGAGGCUCAAGACCCGCAUCCAGACCGUUCUGCCCCACGAGAAUGUUCUGCGUUUUCACGUGGAGCACCGUAACGGCGGUAUCGACGCCGACUGCGAGGCACACGACGAGUACCUUGGAAAACUUCGGGAACUGAUACUGGACCGGCUGCAGCAGCUGGUGAACGCGUCCGUCGAAGCCGACCCGGAGAUCAAAAGUCGCAAGAAGAUGGUGCAGGAGGUCUACGCCGAGAGUAUGGCGCAUUUCGCUCUUCUUCGGGAGUUACCGUUGGCCGACGAGGGCGACGAGGCCGUGGAGCGAGUUAAACAACUUAUCCUUGCAGGCAAGGAGCAGAAGCACGGACCGAUUCUAAUCUACGGGCCCAAAUCCUCCGGGAAAUCCUCCAUCCUUGCGCGCGUCUACCGGGACUCGCCCGACUGGCUUUCGGCGCCGACGCUUCGCGUCGUCCGACUGUGCACCUCGACACCCCGAUCCGCCUACAGCCUGGAGCUGCUCCGCAUCCUCUGCCAGCACGUCGGCUUUCUUUGCGGGGAUAACGACGGCAAUUUACCGCGCGACGCCUCCUUCGACCCACUCUACCUCAACAAUUGGUUCAGCCUCAUCAUACGCCGCUUAGAGGAGCAUCCCCUUCCGGACCAAUUAAUUAUUCUCCUCGACGAUCUUCAUCGCUUUCAUCCCCUCGAGUGCGAUAUCGUCGCCGCCUUGUCCUGGCUACCGCUCACCCUUCCUCCGGGCGUUCACUUUGUCGUCACUUCCGCGCUUCCGCCCGAGGGAAUGCGCCUCACGCCGCUGCAGAAGGAUCGUCUACGUAGCCCCGACAUUCUCGUCGAUCUCUCCGGGCACGUGUGCGCGACGCCAGGCGUCGACGCGGUUCUGGAGCGCUUGGAGAACCUCAUCGGACUUGACGCAGCUACUCGGAUCGCCUCGAUUCUCGCUUGCACCGAGUACGGCUUGUCAGAGACAGAAAUACUCGAAUUAAUUAUGCCUACCGGCGGAGAAGGACCUUUGCUCCUGGAGGAAAGCCAAUUUAACUUUGCGACCUGGUGCUUGGUCAGGAGGUCGUUCGCACCGUGGCUCAAAGUACGAGUGAUGAGCGGCCGAUUAAUGUUUUCCUGGCGCGGUCAAUGUCGCGAAGUCGCUCUCAGAAAAUAUCUCUCCAAUCAAGACGUUUCUCGCGGCUAUCACGCGGAGUUGGCCGGCCUCUUCUUCUCCGAGGACGCUGAAGAUCGUUCCGACAAAUCGCCGGAGAAUCCAUCCUCUACGCCUCCCGUUAAGGAAACGCCGUUUCAAAGUGCGCCGCAAACGCAGGAUGUCACGUACACACUUCGACACGUUGAAGAAGCGUGGCUACAUCUUCUGCGCGCUUCCGACGUCGACAAGCUGAAGAAACUCGCCGUCUGUGCGUUCGACUUCCUUCUCGCGGGUGCUCAGAUGAUCUCCGUCAGCUACCUACGGUGCGUUCUCGAACACGCCAGACGAUACCUUCUUGAGCGCGACUUGGAACUCGUGUAUUACGCGGUGAGAAAAUCCAGCGAUGUCCUCACCAGAGAUCCACUUCAGCUCGCUGCGCAGCUCAUCUGCUGGUUAAGGCCGGUCGCCGAGGACGGAGGUGACCUCGUCAGCAGAAUGGUCAUGUCGGCGAUGGCCUGGUGCGACGGUUACACCGCGCCUUUGCUCGUGCCCUUGAACGGAUGGCUGCAACCACCUUUGCCACUGCAGAUCCGGGCGAUUACAUGUCCUCAGGGAGUUAAAUUGAUCGAAGCGGCACCAUCUGGCCAGCAUGUAGUCGUUGUGCCACCGCAGGGAGACGCUCAGUUAUGGCACGUGAUGUCCGGUCAACUCGUUCAUACAUUCAAAGGACACUCCAGCCCAAUCUCGUGUUUAGCCGUCACUCAUCAAUCGCAGUAUCUGCUGACCGGUUCCGAGGACACUUCCAUUAUCGUUUGGGACAUGAAGGAACUCGUUAUGAAGCGCCGGAUUUGCGAACACAUCGCGCCGAUCCUCACUUUAACUACGGCACUCAACAACUCCGUUAUCGUGAGCGGCGGUGAGGAUUCCAGAAUUAUCGCCACGAGUUUGCUCACUGGCGAAGUCCUGAUGAAGGUUGACCAUCACCGUGGCCCCGUCACCACUAUUCGAGUCGAUUCCGCUGGCGAAGUCUUGGUUUCCGGUUCGGUCGACGGAACUGUGUGUCUUUGGUCUUUGGAGAGCUUUAGUCUUCUCAACAGUAUCGCUCUUCCUUCCCCGGUGGUCAUGCUAGACGUGUCCGCGGAUUCAGUUUUCCUUCUAGCCGCUUGCGCAGAUCAGAAGCUCUAUCUAAGAUCCUUGGCAACGGGCACGGAAAUCCACACGCUUAGGGGACAUCAAGGACCAGUUAAGAGUCUCUGCCUCGCGAAAGAUUGUAGAAGAGCUAUCGCCGGCGGUGUCGAAGGCAGAGUAUCCGUAUUUGAUAUGCAUAGUGGAAAGUUGAUCAGGACUUUGCCUGCUAAUCCAUCGGCAACCGUUACUUCGGUCAAGGUAACUGAGAAAGAUGAUUUUCUGAUAACUGGUGGGGGAGGUCGCGUGACUUACUGGAGUUUCCGCGGUGAGGAACCACCGCCAAAACCACAGAAACCCGGGAAGCAGGAUUCUCUGCAACCCCAUACCGCACCGAUAUCCUGCUUGGACAUCUCCAGGGAUGGCGCCAUGGCGGUUACCGGUGGUGUCGAUUCAUUAGUCAAUUUAUGGCAGCUCAACACUCACGAAUUGUUAUCCACCAUGGAGGGGCAUAUCGCCAGCGUCACUUGUAUCGCAUUUUCCGCGUCAGGACUUUUUGUUGCAUCUGGUAAGAGCUUUUAUAAAAUAAUUUUUUUUAUGCUUUUAUUUGUUAUCAACGUAUCUACUCGUGAAUUAAUAUAA